GCAAUUAGAAGCAUCCAUACAAUAAAAUUAAAACCUCACGCCAGCAUUGGAUUGGACCAAGUCCUGGAUCAGAGGUUAAUCAUCAAUGAACAACUCAUCAGAUGUAGUGAAUGUUUCUGCAUCUGCUGUUUAUCAAGUUUCGUGGAUACGGAAUAAGCGAUAUGCUAGUCACCAGCAUCCUGCGCUAGUCUCUCACCCAUCAACUUAACAUCAUCGACCCGUAAAUAGGGCCCUAGGGAUAGUCAUGUAAAAUGCUUGAACGAAACUACUUUGCAACCAAAAUCGAUCCUUACACGUUACACAAUAUUGUCCUCUUUUCGGCCAGCAAAAGCACAAAAAGAGGGGAAAAGCCAGAGUAUGCAUUUCACUUAUCACCAUCAGGUAUAAAGUUAUUGACUAUCUGGUGCAAAUCCAAAAAUGCAAAACGGCUCAUUCUCAAUUACAAAAUGAACCCGAUGCAUUGCAGGGGAUGCUGCGCAUGGUCUUGCUGUUUAUCCAUAAUCGGAACGCUUAAUAAAGAAUUCAAAGUAAACAACCUAAUCUUGCGCUCUCCUUUCAGACAUUACUCAAAUUGUAAGACCAUGUGAGUCCCUAUUAGCUCGUGGACGUUAUUCACGGAACAUGCUUUGUUAUGUGGAACCAUACUGUUGGUGGGCUACACAGUCCCAUAACCGAAGAGAAAACAACAGAAAACUGACAUGGCACAACUCACUGUCGCCCAUGCUGCCUCGCUCGAUCUCGAAAGGAGGGCCUUCAAAAUUCGAUCGGGGAUCAAUCCAUGCAGACACUGCAAUCACUCGCUGGCCAACCAAAAGCGCUCUCAUGAAUGCAGCCUCCAAACACGAGGACCAAAAACGCUAUCCAAAAAUGCCCGGCCAUCAAAGCCCGUGAUGUUCCAACCCCCUCCGAGCACUUGGCUUGAAUCUUGAUGUUUUUGUCACGUUAUGCCAAGCUCAUCUUCCUCGCUCUUCCUAUAUAUUGCUUAACAAUCAUUCGUCAUCCCCGCAUCUCCACAGGCUUCUCCAGGAAAAAGAUGAAACUCUGCCCACCACCGCUCGCGCGAGCGUUAGCAUUCCUUGUCCUGGUCGGCAUUCCGUCGGACUCCUCCGGGGCAUCCCCACUCCACAACGAGACCCUCCACAGCGGCAUCUCGAAGCAGCAGUGCAGGGGCUGCGACGACGAGUCCCUCCAGCUCCAGUUCCUGUACGCCCACAAUGCCGUGAGAGCGGCCAAGCGAGAGCUGCCGGUGGCGUGGGACGUGCAGCUGGAGAGCUACGCGAGGUGGUGGGCAGGGCAGCGGCGGUCGGACUGCGCGCUGGAGCACUCAUUCGAGGAAGGGGACUUCCGGCUGGGGGAGAACAUAUUCUGGGGAGGCGGGUCGGGGUGGACGGCAAGCGACGCCGUGGGGGCGUGGGCGGGGGAGGAGCGGUACUACCAGUACGGCAGCAACACGUGCGAGGGCGGGCACGAGUGCCGGCACUACACGCAGAUCGUGUGGCGGAGCACAAGGCGGGUCGGGUGCUCCGGGGUGGUGUGUGACGGCAGCGAUGUGUUCAUGACUUGCAACUAUUACCCGCCGGGGAAUUACGUCGGGGAACGGCCCUACUAAAAAUGUUGGGCCAUUUUAGGGUCGGUCCAUUUCUCUUGCCGCUUUUUUUCCUAAAUUAGUAUUUGAGUGAUACGACACUUUUUAUCCAAAUAACAAUAAAAUAUAAAGGGAGUGCCGGAAAAUUCGCAA